AUGGCGAAGAAAAACAGCACGAAGAAGCGUCAAAGUCGAAUCGCGGACGCUUUAGUGAGAGAGCGGAAACAGUUGGAAAAGCAGCGAGAACGCGAAUUGAAGAUGAAAGAAGAAGAAGAGAAGACGAGCGUUGGACGGCAGAUGCGCGAAAAGAGGAGCAAGAAACACGAGAAUACUAAAGGAGGAGUACGCGUUCUCACCGGUGGCAUUCAGAAACAGAAGAAAUCUUCUAAAAGAGAAGGGAAGAAUCGACACAAAAUCGUACGCGGCGUUCGAGUGGGAAACGCGACGAAAAUACGCAAAAACGUCACCUACGGCGGGAUUACGAUUAAAGAUAGCGAGAGCAAAAAAGCAGUCUUAGAAAUGCUGAAAGCGGAGGAUAGGAUGAUGGUGUAG